AUGAAGCUCGGAGUCCAAUUCUAUCCGAUUUUCAUUCUGGAAUGGGCGGCCUUGCCGAUCACGGCCAGCCUGCCUCUGGCCAAGGAUAUUAAUAUGGCUGCUCCCAGCCAUCCAAAGUACCGAUUACCCGACUUGAACGAGAGCCUACAAGACGAUGAACAAUUGACGGACCAAGCUUCUUGUUUUCUUGACACUCGACCUUCGCCUGUCCAAAUACCAACCACACAUCUCGGCUCAGAACACGGACAAGCCUCCUCGCAGUUCUCCGCUAGUACCAUCCAGGCCGAAGCCAUCAAUAUGUCCAUCAGAACUUUUCAAGCUGGCUUCCUUGAACACCGACCCCCAUCUACCCCCGUACCAGAGGGAACUCAAGCUGGCUCCAAGGAGAAGGCAGUUCUGUCUGAGCCGUGGAAAUACAAUCCUGCAGCAGAGGCUCCUUCGAUGAAGAGGUUAAAAAGACUUGAUGGAAAACAGACAACAGGAAGCCGGGAAGAGCCCAAGAAAGCUUUGCGUAUGCUGCUUCCAAAACCAGAUUUUGGAGCGAAGGAGGCCCCAGUGUUCUCGCGUUUUCCUGCCACCAUCCAAACAUAUCCGAUCCCUUCGACUUCAAGUAACUUUUUCCAAUCAGCCCCCCUCAAACGAAAAAAGAAUCUGAAUCCAGCAGUUGAUCAGGCACAGCAUUCUAGCUUCAUUCAGGAGAAGUUUGAAGGAAAUAUUUCUGGUUCUGAAGCGAAGCGACUGCAACAGCCCAGGAUUCUCCCGGAGAAGAAGAAGGUAUACCAUCCCCGGAAGAUCGCACCAGAGGCCACGUCAUCCAAGUCCAAGCGAUUGCAAUCAAACGUUGAUGGACAGACGAAACGGAAAAGAGGGCGCCCCAAAAAGCAAGCUUCAGCGCUUGAUGAUAGUGACCAGAUAGCCGUAGAGAAGCAGAAGAGGAUUCGGGACGAUGAUGAGUUAUUCGACCUUCACGAUUGGAAUUUUAUCAGGGAAACUGGCCAGUCAGAACUCGAGAAGAAUGAAGCCGUCCAUAUCAAUCCACAGACCGGGUUCCCCAAAGGUUCUCAGCCCAACAGAGUCCUGCAAACCUUGCGAGACGCAAUCAGCUUCCAGUUCAAACCCGGGGAGUUUUAUAUUCCGUUGAACCAUGAGAACCAGUUUUUUUCCAAGUGGAGAACCUGGAUCCGAAAUGAGUUUGUGUUCCCCAAACGAUACAGUGAUCAUUUUAUCAGGAAAGGCUUAUUUUGGACGAUGUAUGAUAAGAUCAACAGCCAAGUCAAAUUCGAUGGUUAUCCGAUCUACUCCAAUGGGAUCAUCGGACUGGUCAGUUCGAAUAUUGAGAGAUUCUCCCAAACUUCCCGGAAUCCAUUACCAAGAGAAAGGAUCGAAGCGAUCAUCAACAUUGUAGGGGAGUCGACGAAGGCAGCAACGCUUCUGAUCCUGGUGUACCUUUCGAUCUUCCGAGAAAUCAAAGGAGGUAUCGUAAGAAGCGAUACGAUUGAAGAGAUCUUGACGACCCUUGCGGAAGUUUGGAGGUCUGUAGGAGAUGAGAACCCAUGGAAAUUUAUUCAAGAGUUCGAAUGGGCCAGUGGUCUGCUUGAACUGUUGAGCACCGGCAAGACCUACGACAAUUCGACCUACAAAGGAUCCUCGGCCAAGGUGAUGAACUACAGGGUGGCCUGGGACCUCGUAGAAUAUUGGACAAAGAGGACGACGCGGGUGGGCAAGGAUGGGGUGACGAAGAAGAAGAGAUACUUCAGUCGUCAUGUGAUGGAGCUGAUUAAUAAGAUGGUCUUUUACUUGAACCACGAUACAAUCAUCAAGAGGGUUGAAGCCUACAAACAAAGAAGAGAGAAGAAAUUGGCCAGCGGAUUAUCAUGA